UCCCCGCGGUGGCGGUGGAGAAUAAGGCCUUGGUACGGCAACGGGGACGCUCCGGUAGGCUGGAGCUACGGGCGCGGAGCCGUCUGAAGACUACUCUUUGAUGGCCAUGGCAUAAGGAACAUUAUCCUGGGAAUACAGUUUUGCUCUUGGGGAGAUGCGAACAAACGUUUAUUCAUCCCAGAUAGGGCACCAAGGACAGAGCAAAGUACGAUUCCAUCAAAGUCCAACUUGUCGAACCACACUAAACAAGAUUGGUGAUGAAAUGGAGCCUGGAACGAACUCUUUUCAAGUAGAGUUUCCAGAUUUUUCCAGCACCAUUCUGCAGAAACUAAACCAGCAGCGCCAGCAAGGACAGUUAUGUGACGUCUCCAUUGUUGUCCAAGGCCACAUUUUCCAGGCACACAAAGCCGUUCUUGCUGCCAGUUCACCCUACUUUUGUGAUCAAGUACUCCUGAAAAACAGUAGGAGAAUUGUUUUGCCUGAUGUGAUGAACCCAAGAGUGUUUGAGAACAUUCUUUUAUUUAGCUACACAGGACGCCUUGUCAUGCCUGCUCCAGAAAUUGUUAGUUACUUAACAGCGGCCAGCUUCCUCCAGAUGUGGCACGUGGUAGACAAGUGUACCGAAGUUCUGGAGGGAAACCCCACAGUCCUGUGUCAGAAGCUGAACCACGGCAGUGACCACCAGUCUCCCAGUAGCAGUAACUACAACGGCCUGGUGGAGAGCUUUGAGCUGGGCUCUGGGGGCCACACUGAUUUCCCCAAAGCCCAGGAACUGAGAGAUGGCGAGAAUGAAGAGGAGAGCACCAAAGACGAGCUAUCAUCUCAGGUCACCGAGCACGAGUAUUUGCCCAGUAACUCGUCCACUGAGCACGACCGACUGAGCACAGAGAUGGCCAGCCAGGACGGGGAGGAGGGGACCAAUGACAGCACUGAGUUCCACUACACCCGGCCUCUGUAUAGCAAGCCCAGCAUCAUGGCUCAUAGGCGCUGGAUCCACGUGAAGCCUGAGCGCCUGGAACAGGCGUGGGACGGUAUGGAUGUUCACGCAGCCUACGACGAGCACCAGGUCACCGAGUCCGUCAAUACCAUGCAGACGGAUCACGCUGCCCAGCCUUCGGGAGCAGAGGAGGAGUUCCAAAUUGUGGAAAAGAAAGUGGAAGUAGAGUUUGACGAGCAAGCAGAAGGCAGCAGCUAUGACGAACAGGUGGACUUCUACGGCUCCUCCAUGGAAGAGUUCUCUGGAGAAAAGUUGGGUGGGAAUCUAAUUGGACACAAACAGGAGGCCGCCCUUGCCGCAGGCUACAGUGAGAAUAUUGAAAUGGCGAUGGGGAUAAAAGAAGAGGCGUCCCACUUAGGAUUCUCGGCCACUGACAAGCUGUACCCUUGUCAGUGUGGGAAAAGUUUCACGCACAAAAGUCAGCGAGAUCGACACAUGAGCAUGCACCUCGGUCUUCGCCCGUAUGGCUGUAGUGUCUGUGGUAAGAAAUUCAAAAUGAAGCACCAUCUCGUGGGCCACAUGAAAAUUCAUACAGGCAUAAAGCCCUACGAGUGUAAUAUCUGUGCAAAGAGAUUUAUGUGGAGGGACAGUUUUCACAGGCAUGUGACUUCGUGUACCAAGUCCUAUGAAGCUGCAAAGGCUGAGCAGAAUACAACUGAGGCUAACUAAAAAUAGGGUCUGGCCCUUGAGUGGCAUGCGUAAAAAUAAACUAUGGUAAUUAAUGCAAAUCUGGGCACAGAUGAUGCGUGCCACUUGCUAUUAUGAGAGAGGCUUAAAAAAAAAAAAAAAGAAAGAUAUUUCUGAAAGACCAGUUCUAAGUAGGCCAAUUAAAAGAUUUAAUUUCUUAAAUCUGUAUGUUCUCAUCCUGGCCUAAAUGGAUGAUGGGGCUAAGUUCACCCAGUGCCCAGCUGGCAAGACAGCCCUUCCGGCCAGCAGUGGCUAAGGCAGGGGACUGGGUGGCAGAAUCUAAUCCAGUCCUGCCCAGGCAGCAGUGGCCGCCUGUCACCAUUGUCCUGAGGUCUUGUUGCAUUUUGUUCUCUCCUGGUAGCUACAGGGCUUCUGGGCUUCGCUUUGGUAGCUGCAUCACUGGAUGCUGCUCCCCUCAAGGCUACAGCAAGGACUCCUGGGCUGAGCUGUCAGCAGAGCUCCCGUUUUGUCUGCUUUCAUAUGUUCUAAAGGGUCUAGCUAAAGCUGUGUGAUGUUAGGCGGAGCUUCUGAGUCCGAAGCAGGAGACACUGUCACCAUGCUACAGACUCUGGAUAAGGCACAAUUUUAUGUUUAAUUCUACUUGGUUAAGUCUAUGGGUGCCGAGAUAGGUGUUUCUAGUUGGUGUGUUGUCCUACGCAUCCCUCAUUUAAUGGCAGGAGACGACCAGUUUGCAGUGUCACAUGACAGUGCUGGCUAGCAGUGACCUGUGGCUCCCCUGCCUUAGAUCAUGGUGCUUCCCCAAAGGGCAGCCAGGGACCACAGCUCCUGAGACUAAGCCAGAAUGUAUGGCUAAGGGUUCCCCGUGAGCAAGAGGUUCCCAGACUCAGUGAAUGAGAGGCAGCAACUUAUAUACAGAAGGCUUGACAAAGGAAUCCUAAAAACACUGGUGUGGACAGUGCUCUGUUAGAGGGUGCGCUGAGCAAUAUCGUCAGUUCUUUGUGGCUUCAAAGGGGAAAGGAGCCCUACAUUAAGUGACAUCAUCUACACACUCAUGUGCCCCAGUCGCAGAGAAAGCUGCAUUUACAAGUCCCAGUAGUUUAUGCACACACACACACAUACACACACCACCUCUGCAAGGACAAGGCUGCCCUUGAGGUCUGUUCUGCAUGGUCUUGCUGGGUAGGGAUAUAGUGUGCUUUGCUUUACUGACCAAAGCAGCUUAGGGAGGAAAAGGUUUAUGUCAGCUCACACCACCAUCAUUGAGGAAACUCCAGCAGGAACUUGAAUCUUGACAGUCAAGACUGCCGGCCAGACGCGCCCACAGGCCACCCCCUCAGCAGACUCCCUCGGCUCUAGGCUGUGUCAGACAGAUCUAGAUAGUAGGGCAGGGUUUUGCUCCUCUGUGAUCAUCGGUUUCAUUUGUAAGUUUGGCUUUCUCUAACAUGACAGACAUUUCUGACAAAAGCCUCUGAUCUCCAGGCUCUGACACGAAGGAUGUACCUUUGACCUUUGUCUGGAAAGAGGAAAGGAAAUAUGGACUCGCCAGUAAAUGUUUGUGAUCAAGAUUACAAAACAGGGAUCUAUUUACAAACACUGUAUCAGUCUUGGCAUAUAAAAGCACUUUGUAUUAAAACUUUAUUAUAAGUAUAGAUAUAGGGUUGUUUUGUUUUUUAAAACCUAGAAACUAGGUAUUACCUCCAGUGGUUUGCUACAUUCAGAUGAUCUUCCAGUGUCUGCCAGUCAGCUGCUCUGUCCCUGUCCCUGAGAGGUGAAUAGAGAUGUACAGUCACACUCACGUGCCUCCUACCCUUCGAGCAUUAGAGGCCAGUGGGUUUCCGGAUGACCCUGAGUUUGGUGAGGAUGAAGUGGGUUUGGCUUCUUAAUAUUUCUACACUGAGGCCGUUAAGCUGCUCUGUUGUCAGAAGCAGCCCUCGUGUUCUGCCUGUUGGACAGAUCCAUGAGCUGUCUCCCAUUGAAGUCUGUUCAUACAAGAGUUGAGGCCUUUGCUGACAAAGCUUUCAUUCAGUUGGAGUGUGGCAGACCCUGUGAGAAGGUGGGGUGUCUGUGGUCCAGAAGGUUAAAGUGAGGCUGCUGACCUGCUUUUCCCAGUAGAGAGCCUUUCUGGCAGCCUGCCCUGUUACAGUACCAGCCUCUCCCCUCACCACUGCCUUAGGAAAUAAAUCCUCACCCUUCCAGAAGAGCUUGACUAGUCUAGUCGUGGGCAGCACUGCCCAGUGUUUCAGGGAUUCGGUCAGUGGCCCACCAGCACAGUGUAUGUCUCCACUCUGAGCCUUGGCUGCUUUUCUCCAGUCCGAGUACAAAGGGCUUCAAGGCCCUGCUGGUUGCAUUUCAUAAUCUGCAGGCACAUGCCUUCAGUUUGGGAUGCACAUGUCACAGGAGCUCCUCUUGUGCUGUGGUUUGCCUUGUGCUCUCCUGAGCCCUGACCCAUGACCUGGGAUUUCUGUUCUCACCUCCUCCAUCUACAUCUUUAGAGCCUGCCCUAUAGGCUCCCUUCCAUGGCAGGAGGAAUUUCCUGAACCACUCUGACCCUGGGCGGGCUUUUAGCUGUUGGGAAAUCUACGUGCUACUGUGGGUGACGUACCCUGAGAAGUUGAACAUUCUGGAAGAGGUGUACUGGGGCCGAGUCCCCAAGGUCAGGGUGGAGCUUUGCUGCACCCACAGAUGCGGUUGCUCCCCUAAAUUCUCAGAUGCUUUGGAAAUGCUGAGGGCCACGAGCCAGACUGUCCUUGGCCUCCUGGGAACUAGGCGGCUUUGACCCAUAGAACUAAC